GUUUGCGACGACAUCAUGCUUAUACAGUAAAUAUCAUUGUUUGUUUACUGUUUUAAUGUAUACUAUACGCCUGACCCUCUCCUGAGCCCCUCUUCAACUGCAACGCACCACCUCGCUUCCUUCGGCUGGCCCGAAUCACUUUCCGAUGUCCUUCCAGAUACCCCAAAAUGUCCCUUCAUUCACGAGCAGUCAACGAACAGAAGAAGACACAUACUGGCGUCAGAAACACAGUAAUGGCCACGUGGGAGGCGGAGCCGCUGCAAUUGUCACAUCAAAGAUUAACGACAUUUUUGGGGAACACAAGGAUCUCCCGAUGUACAAGGACAAACCACAUUUCCCCUCUAGCCGGAGGAGGCGGGUGUUACCGCGAAAGAGACUACUUGCAAUCGUCGUUCUGCCUGUCAUGAUCCUUUUGUGGUGGAUGGGCUGGUUACCUUGGACUUCGGGGCGAGUGUACGAUCCGGCCGAGCAUCAACAUUCCUUCUUCCACGAAGAAGACUGGUCAGAACAAAGGGAUGCCGUGAGAGAGGUGUUCAGGACCUCCUGGGCAGGAUAUGAGAAAUAUGCUUGGGGCAUGGAUGAAUACAAUCCCUUGUCACGAAAAGGAAAGAACAUGGUGCCGGGCGGGAUGGGUUGGAUCAUCGUGGAUUCUUUGGAUACUGCCAUGAUGAUGAAUCUGACCUCCGAGGUUGCAAAAGCACGGGAAUGGAUAUCUACAUCACUGUCUUACACGGCCGACCAUGAUGUUAGUACCUUUGAGACCACGAUCCGAAUGCUCGGCGGCCUUCUAUCAGCAUAUUACCUAUCAACAACCUUUCCCAAUCUGGCGCCACAACGCGAUGAUGAUACCAAUCAACCUGGGGAGGAUCUGUACAUUGAGAAGGCCACAGACCUGGCAGACAGGCUGCUGGGGGCCUACGAAUCAAGUUCGGGCGUUCCAUAUGCCUCGGUCAACCUCAACACCUCGCAAGGUAUCCUUUCGCACCUUGAUGGCGGUGCUUCUUCCACGGCCGAGGCAGCGACGCUGCAGCUUGAAAUGAAAUAUCUUGCCAAAAUUACGGGCGAGCCUCACUAUUGGCACAAAGCCGAGAAAGUGAUGGAAGUCAUCGACUCACACCGACGAGAAGAUGGCCUGCUCCCCAUCUUCAUCUAUCCAGCAACAGGUGAGUUCCGCGGCGACAACAUACGUCUGGGAUCCCGAGGAGAUAGCUACUACGAAUACUUGAUCAAGCAAUACCUGCAAACUGGCAAGGUCGAGACUGUCUAUCGGGAUAUGUGGGACGAAGCACUGGAAGGGAUCAAAAAGCACUUGAUCACAUAUUCACAGCAUGCGUCAUUGACCAUUCUCGCCGAGAGGCAAAAUGGCCUCGACCAGCCAUUGACCGCAAAGAUGGAUCAUCUUGUAUGCUUCAUGCCUGGAACCAUUGCACUCGCUGUGACCGAAGGCCAGACAGUCGAGCAAGCAAAGACCAGACUAGGCAGUCAAUGGACGAGAAAGCACGAUGAGAACCUGAAAUUGGCGGAAGAGCUCAUGAAGACCUGCUGGGGAAUGUACAAGGUCACGCCGACCGGGCUCGCUGCAGAAAUAUCCUACUUCAAGACUGACAAUCCACCGCGUCAAUGGCAAGGACAUCUAGAUCCCAGCUGGUCCCCUCCUGAGUCCGAUCCACUGUCAGAUAAUAUGAGCGCUGCCUGGAGAUCCGAUUACGACAUUCACUCCAAUGAUGUGUACAAUCUUCAGCGACCAGAGACGGUCGAAUCCCUCUUCUACAUGUACCGGAUCACCAAAGACCCCAAGUACCGACAAUGGGGAUGGGAGAUGUUUGAAGCCUUCCGCGAGCAUACAAAGGUUGUAGACGAAGUUUGGGGAACAGUGUAUGCAUACACAUCGCUGGAUACAGUCAUGGAGAAUCCGGUCAAAGACCGCAAACGGCGAGACAACAUGGAAAGCUUCUGGUUGGCUGAAACUCUGAAGUAUUUCUACUUGCUAUUUUCCGACGAUUCAUUCUUCCCCUUGGACAGUGUUGUGUUUAACACCGAGGCUCAUCCACUCCCGAAAUUCGACAUCAGCGGAAGCAAAGUGUUUGUGACUGGCUGGCAGAGGAACACUGGAGAGCCACCAAAGCCGAAGCCAGGAAGCGACGGCAGAGUGGUUCGCGUUGACGCGCCGCAAAAGGUUGAUAAAGUCGCCGCAGUCGAUGCCCAAAAGCCAGCAGUUGCUGUUCCCCAUGAACACGAACACGACGAUACCAUGGAGCAUGGACACAUUGAAGAGAGCGGCAAGGAUAAGUCGAAUGAUGAACACUCGCCGCUUGAGCAUUACAAGGAGAAUCUGGCGAAGAUGGCUGAUGGGGGGAUAAUAGCGAGAGAGGAGCCACAGGCACAGGGCCGCAAUGUAGCAGCACGCGGCCAUGGCUGAUAGACCGGAACGUUGGACAUAUCAGGAGUCAAGGUCGUGUUUUGGCUGAGGAUGGUUGGACAUGAUACCUUCAUGAGCAUUUGCAGUUGGUUUGCAUACUUGGUUACAUGGAAUAUGUGGUGCAUCCACUGAUACCAAAAAGAGGUUUGUUUUGGAUAGAAUCAACGGGUGCAACGGUGCCGUUUGUGAUGUUCAUGAUAGUCCUGAUGACUCUCUCAUCGAUUCUCUAAUGUUAAAUUCGAGCAUCAUGCUCGACAGGUUCC